AACCUCACUCUCUUCAUUUCUCACCUUCUAUUCUGCUCCUGCAUCCUCGUAUCCCUUUCGAUGGUGCAAAACGUUGUUCAGCUCCCAUGCGACGGUGAAGGCGCGUGUAUGCGUUGCAAGGCCACGCCGCCUGCCGAGGAGACCUUGACGUGCGCUACCUGCGUGACGCCUUGGCAUGUCGCCUGUCUGGCAGUGCCUCCACCGACGCUUGAAUCUACUCUGCAAUGGAGCUGCCCUGAUUGCUCCGGUGAGUCAGUUCCUUCUGCUGGUGCCGCAGCUGGGGGAUCUAGUGACCUGGUGGCCGCGAUCAAGGCGAUUGAGGUGGACGAUUCGUUGACUGAGAAAGAAAAGGCCAGGAAGCGGCAGGAGCUGCUCAGUGGAAAAUCAGGAGAUGCGGAUGGAGCUGGAGAUAAGAAGAAAGGGAAAGAGAAGGCAGAAGAGGAGAAUUCUAUUUUGGAUGUUCUUGGCGGGACCUUGAAUUGUUCUUUCUGUAUGCAGUUACCGGAAAGACCUGUUACGACACCAUGUGGUCACAACUUUUGCCUGAAAUGCUUCCAGAAAUGGAUUGGACAAGGCAAGAGUACAUGUGCAAAAUGCCGAGCUCAAAUUCCACAUAAGAUGGCUAGCCAACCACGAAUUAAUUCUGCGCUUGUGUCUGCUAUCCGAAUGGCAAAGAUGGCAAGAAAUAAUGUAGCUGUGGGACCUUUGAAGGUUUACCAUUUUAUACACAACCAAGAUCGACCUGAAAAGGCAUUUACAACAGACCGUGCACAGAGAGCAGGAAAGGCCAAUGCUGCUAGUGGGAAGAUAUUUGUCACUAUACCACCUGAUCAUUUUGGGCCAAUAACAGCUGAAUAUGACCCUACUGGGCAAUUGUCUCACAAAGAGAAGCGUUCUGCAUAUGCCCCCGUAGAAAAAGGCGUGCGAUAUGAUGGGAUUUAUAGAAUUGAAAAAUGUUGGCGAAAAGCUGGAAAACAAGGUUUUAAGGUCUGUCGAUAUUUGUUUGUGAGAUGUGAUAAUGAGCCUGCCCCAUGGACAAGUGAUGAAAAUGGGGAUCGACCUAGGCCUCUGCCUUCUAUUCCAGAGCUCAAGGUGGCAACUGAUGUAACAGAGAGGAAGGAGAGUCCCUCCUGGGACUUUGAUGAAGAAGACAGUCGCUGGAAGUGGAAGAAACCUCCUCCUCUUAGCAAGAAACCAGUUAAUAAUGGAGAUCCAGCAGAUGGGAAAAGAUCACUGAAAGCAACAAGGAAAGCACGAAAUUUUAGUAUUAGAGAGAAGCUCCUGAAAGAGUUCAGUUGCCUAAUCUGUCGGCAAGUUAUGACUCUCCCGAUUACUACACCAUGUGCCCACAACUUUUGCAAGUCUUGUCUUGAAGAAAAAUUUGCUGGUAAGACUCUUGUUAAAGAGAGGAACAGAGGUGGGCGGACACUUCGAUCAAAGAAGAAUAUAUUGAACUGCCCUUCGUGCCCAACUGAUAUAUCUGACGUUCUGCAAAAUCCUCAGGUGAACAGAGAGUUGGUGGAUGUAAUUGAGUCUCUAAAACGUGAGUGUGAGGAGAAUCAGGAACUUGCUGAAGGAUCGUGUGAAGAAGAGACAGACGAUGUGGAGGGAAAUCCAGACCUUGCUGUUAGUGAUUCUGAAAUUGGCAAUGAAAAUUCUGAAACAGCUGGUCCAAGUGAUGAUAUGGUGAAUCCUCCAGCUGAUUGCGAACCCAAAAGGACUAGAAAGAGAAUGAAAGUGGUUGCAGAGGAUGGUAGAUUGAGCGAUGAUGAUGGGAAGGAAAUUAAGAUUUCUGAGAAUAAGCCUACUGGUUUAGAUGAAAAUGGUGAAGUUAACAAUCUGCGGCCUGGUGUUGUUGAAUGUAAUGCAGCUCCUGCAGGGAAACGUACUUCCAAAAGGAAGCAUGCUGAUAAUGGGGAUGAUCUGAAAGAGUUUGUUGGUGUCAAGAGAAGCAGGGAAGGUCAAGAAGCAGUGAAUAAUGCAAAUGAAUCACCGUCAAGCACCCUCCAGGUGCAAUCUUCUGAUGAAGAUCUUGAAUGACCAGUUCUUUUGAUUGGACCACCAUCAGGUAGCCUUAAGUUACAUCUAAUAAUCUUCACGGGGAAACUUUAUCAAGGGAUCCUGGAUUUUGCUAAGGGCUUCUUGUAUGUACCAACGGUUCUGUUUUGUUGCAUCAGGGAUUCUGCUUUUGAUUUUUUGUAUUGAUUGUUCCUUUUUUGUGCUCCAAUUUGUAAAAGAAUCCGGAUUGCUGGCUGUGAUGCUCAGUUUCUAUCAUAUGCGGGACAAUGUAUUCGAUGUAAAACCGUUGAACCAUUUCAUCAAA